UCAUAUAUAUCCUCAGCUGAUCAGCUCCCACAUUGUUGGUGUGUAUCUUAGGUUAACGGCAAUAUGGUUUCAGGUUCUCCUUCACCUACCCCAAAAGCAGUUCUCUCUGAUGAGCUAUGGAAAGGAGAAAAUAAUGGGCCUCCCAGGGAAGCCAAAUGGUGGUAUUCCACCUUCCACACUGUCACCGCCAUGGUUGGUGCUGGUGUUCUUAGCCUGCCUUAUGCCAUGGCUUACUUAGGCUGGGGUCCGGGAACCGUGAUGAUGGUGUUAUCGUGGUGCAUAACCUUGAACACGAUGUGGCAGAUGAUACAGCUGCACGAAUGCGUGCCCGGGGUUCGGUUCGACCGGUAUUACGACCUGGGACGACACGCUUUCGGGGAGAGGCUCGGGCCAUGGAUAGUGCUGCCGCAGCAGCUAAUAGUUGAGGUGGGGUGUGACAUUGUUUACAUGGUGACAGGAGGGAAGUGCCUGAAGAAGUUCAUGGAGUUGGCUUGCACCAAUUGUGCACCCAUUAGGCAGUCCUAUUGGAUUUGCAUAUUUGGUUCCAUUCACUUCUUCCUCUCUCAGCUCCCUAACUUCAACUCUGUCUCUGCCGUUUCCCUGGCUGCAGCUAUCAUGUCAUUGAGCUAUUCGACCAUAGCAUGGGUGGCAUGUCUAGGCCGAGGUCGGAUCCCAAACGUGAGCUACGCCUACAAGAGCAGAAGCACCGCCGACGCCAUGUUCCGCGUGUCCAACGCCUUGGGCCAGAUCACAUUUGCGUACGCCGGCCACGCGGUGGCGCUGGAGAUCCAGGCCACCAUUCCGUCCACGCCGGAGAAGCCGUCCAGAGUUCCGAUGUGGAAGGGCGCCGUGGGCGCUUAUAUUGUGAACGCAAUUUGCUACUUUCCGGUGGCCUUCGUCGGAUACUGGGCAUUUGGGCAUGAUGUUGACGACAACGUGCUGGUCACACUCCAGAAGCCCUCUUGGCUCAUUGCUGCUGCUAACUUCAUGGUAGUCAUCCAUGUCAUCGGCAGCUAUCAGGUUUAUGCAAUGCCAGUGUUUGAUAUGUUGGAGAGAACAAUGGUGAAGAGAUUGAACAUUCCUCCGGGAUUAGUGAUGAGGCUCGUCGUUCGUUCUGCUUACGUUGCCUUCACUUUGUUUGUUGGUGUAACUUUUCCUUUCUUUGGAGAUCUUCUUGGCUUCUUUGGUGGAUUUGGCUUUGCUCCCACUUCUUACUUUCUUCCUAGCAUAAUUUGGCUAAAGAUCAUGAAACCAAAGAGAUUGAGCAUUUCAUGGUGCAUAAAUUGGGCAUGUAUAGUGAUUGGAGUGUUCAUGAUGGUGGCAUCAACAGUUGGUGGAUUGAGGAAUAUAGUUGCUGAUUCUUCCACCUAUGAAUUUUAUUCAUGAACAUAUAUAUAAUAUAAGAUGCUUAAAUAUAAUUCAUGUAAUAAUCAAAUUAGUAGUAAUUCAGUUAAAUGUCACUUUUGAACUACAUGCAAAAGUUGAUGUUAGUUUAUAAAUCACUGUUUUAAGAUCAUUAUAUGUACAUGUAUUUU